UAUACCCUUCUCAUCCUCCUCACAUAUCAUUCUCUGGUUCACAUCUUCACGCGCCAGCAAGACGAUAGACCCAGCGCAACAAUACAGAGGAUCUCCGACUAAAUAUCUAACGGAUAACAGCUCAAUUUGGCGCACAAUUCUUCCUUCACCUCUACUUCUUCUCACACUCUCCACUGAACAUGGCGGCGGCCACAGCAGCAGUCGGGACUCAUCUCUCACCGUCUCUCUCCCUCUCUGUUCGCGAUGCUUGUCCUGUCAGCUCGCAAGCGACCCUAUCCGUUUCUCGGCUACCCAAUUCCAGAUUUGGACGAAUUGGCACCACUUUCGCCACUGGGUCACCUCUAUUGGUAUCUAGAACUGGACUUGUGAAGAGGCAGUCUGCAAGAAAAGCAGCAUUAGUUUCUAUAAGAAGCGAGCAAAGCACCCAGGAUAGCGGUUUGGAUGUAUGGCUAGGACGGCUUGCAAUGAUAGGCUUUGCUGUGGCCAUCACGGUUGAAAUUUCGACAGGGAAAGGCCUCCUUGAAAAUUUCGGGCUCUCGAGCCCCGUGCCUACAGCUGCCCUGGCGGUGACAGGAUUGCUGCUCCAGAGAUGCUCCAAGAAGAGUGGAGAAUUUAUGCUGUCUAAAGAUUCUGCACCCCUCUUAAAUCUUUCUGUUGCAUAUCUUACUCAUCUUGGUACUGCUUUAAUUGAUUCCUCUGAAGCAUUUGAUGCUUCUUUCUAUGGCUUCCCUACUAAAGGAGCUAACUUGCAGGCGGAAAUGGGGUUGAUCAUCUCAAGGAUCGCCAAGUUGUUCUUUCCAAAGAGUAAAGUUAGGAUUCUGAUGGUUGGUCUUGAUGCAUCUGGGAAAACCACCAUUCUUUACAAGUUGAAGCUUGGUGAAACUGUUACCACCACUCCAACUAUAGGUUUCAAUGUUGAGACAGUGGAGUAUAAGAACGUUAGCUUCUCGGUAUGGGAUGUCGGAGGGCAACAGAAGAUUAGGCCACUGUGGAGACAUUACUUCCACAAUGUUCAGGGGCUGGUGUUUGUGGUGGACAGCAAUGACAGGGAGCGAAUCUCAGAAGCGCGGAACGAACUUCACAGGAUUCUAACUGAUAAUGAACUGAGGGAUUCAGCACUAUUGGUCUUUGCCAACAAGCAGGAUUUUCCAGAUGCCAUGAAUACUUCUGAGGUUGCUCAUAAGCUCGGGCUUCAUUCUCUCGGCCAUCGUCAGUGGUUUGUUCAGUGUUCUUCUGCUACAUCAGGAGAAGGGCUAUACGAAGGCCUAAAUUGGCUCUCCACCAUUAUCGUUGGCAAGCCAGUGUGAAUUAUAUGCAGCUACUUACUUCAUUCCCCCCUGUUUCUAAGAUUUCUCCAGCCAAGGAGAUGGCAAGUUAGUGAGUGAAAUAGAGAGGAG